AUGGAUUUAAGCAGACGACAAGGACGAAAGCGAACACUCCAUCAUAUACAAACAAUAAGAAAACAACCAAGUUCUAAGCUGUUCUUAGAGUCAAAAAAACAAAGUGUCAAUCCUGGAAAGGUUAACAUUCUUGAGUACGUGGUUGUAUGUGCUAUAAUCUUGUUUUUGGAAACAACCCACAACGUCGCACAAAUUCUUGAUGUCAAGAAGUACUAUGAUGAUAUAUUAAACUUGAUAGGGGUGCACGAGAUACCACUGCCUGUUAACAGUCGCUCAAUUGAAGACUUGCAAAGUGCAGUUAAAAAAGCAUAUGCCGUGAGGAAGACCAUAUGA